UCCCUACAAUAAGGAGUUGCUGUUCAUCUGUUGAUGAUCUUCGUUUUUGUAACAUUACAAUUAAAUAAAUAUUCAUAUUAUUAUUGCCUAAAAAUAUUUUUCAACAUGUACUUGAAGGAGUCUAUCCGCAAAGGCUCAAGGUGAAUUUAAAUUACCUAAUCCAAUAAAAUGAAUUUAUUAUUCGUAACGAACAUCGAUUUAAUAAGUAGUAAAUGUUUUAGUAGUCUUUAUAAUUUAUUUUGAAUUUUAAUAAACUGUAAAACAUACUGAAACAAUAAUUUGCAACGAAAAUGUUCAUCGUGGGGCUCACAGGAGGUUUAGCUACUGGGAAAAGUACAGUGUUAUCUAUAUUCCGUGAAAAUGGUAUAGCAGUAAUCGAUGCAGAUGAAAUAGCUAGAAAAGUGCUGGAGCCAGGAACAAAAGCAUGGAAAGAAGUAAAGCAGUAUUUCGGAGAUGAAGUCCUCAAUCCAGAUGGUAAAGUGAACAGACUGAAGCUGGGUGAAAUUGUGUUUAAUGAUCGCGAUAAACGGAUGAAGCUCAAUAGUAUAACACAUCCAAGAAUUCAAAGUUCUAUGAUGAGAAUGGCAUUUAAUUACUUUUUCACUGGCCACAGUUAUAUAGUCAUGGAGGUUCCACUGCUCUUUGAAACGGGGAAAAUGCUUACUUUUAUGCACAAAAUCAUCACAGUUGUAUGUGAGGAUCAUCAACAGCUGGAAAGAUUGUGUAAGAGAAAUGACUUCGCCGAGAAUGUGGCUAAGAAGAGGAUCAGCUGUCAAAUGCCACUGGAGAGGAAGGUUGCUAAAUCGCAUUUCGUUAUAGACAACUCUGGUGAUAUAUUGACUACAAGGCAACAAACUGAGAGCAUUAUAAGACUUUUGAAACAUUCCAAGUUUACAUGGUACUUUAGAGCAAUUAUAUUGAUUGCAAUUAUGUCUGUGUUCUUUGGAGUUACCAAUUUUAUAUUUAAGUUUUUUCAGAAUGAACCAGUAACAUAAGCGUAAAUAAUAAACACAUCACAAGUUAA